AUCCUUACUCGCGGUCUGCCGUCCGUGGAACAACCUCGCCAUGACUCGCUGGAUCGUGACACUACUGCUCGGGGUCUGCGUGACAGUUGUCCUCGCUAGCGAUACAGGUGCAGAUGACGAUAAAGUCCACAUUGACGAUGCAACCUGUCAGGCCCUUGCGAAUCAAGUGAAGGCCGAAAGAGGAAGACGAUGGCCUUGGUCUAGAACGGGACCCAAACAUUAUUUCUGUCAGCCGACUCUGGAGAAGAAAAAAGAGGCUUAUUGCAACUGUAAAGUUGUACCGAGGAAGCGAGACGAUGGCGACCAAUCAGAGUUUCUCAAGCCUGAGAAGGCCGGCAGUUUCCUCGAAUCCUCCAUCGGGAAGCGAGACUUCAAUCACGAGUGCUGCAAAGAGGGAUGCUACUGGGAAGAGGUUGAGGAGCAGUGUCAUUAGAUGCUGCGAGUCCGUGACCAGACCCAGCCCAAAAGAGACAAUCUGGUUUCAUUUUGACUUCCUUAAGUAAAGCAUAAUUUCAGGUUUUAAUAAAUGAAUAAAGACUAAUAUGUGGGGGAAGCUCUCGCUGAGAUGUACCGACUGAAGCUAAAUGAAUGGUUUUGUUUUGCCACCCAAAAAACAGAAAUGUAGGAUGAUCCACAAAUACAGAAAGUUUUAAUGAAAAGCUUUUAUUUUUUCUUCCUUUCGUAAUGCUUUAACUCGUAAAGCAUCGCAUUUUAAGAGUAUUUUGCGGUUAUGGGAAAUUAAUUAUAUUUUGUACAAGUUUUGAUACAGCUGCUGCAAAUUGUACAGUAUACUGAGAAUAAAUAAAUACUUCAACUGUGACCAGAA